AAGUUGCACAACAACGUGUUUAGUUACCCACACUACUACUCAUGAAUGAAACACUGCAGGUCGACGAAGCUACUCCUCUGUUACCAGCGUCACCUAGUUUCACGGAACGUCCUGCUGUACUUCCCGCGGUGUGUCGGUACCGCUCAGGAGGCUUAAAUGCCGAUGGUACCCUGGAUUCGCAAUAUAGGUUUCCAUCUGAUGCGGAGCGGACUGCAUUUAUGUUGCUUGUCCAACUACAUUUUAAUGAAUCACACUACGGUGCCCUGAACGACUCUUCAGAUAUCUGGGAAAACUGGCAACAUGCCAGAGACGCCUCGUCUGUCACUGAGGACACUGGACGACGUGCUAGCGAAAUAUUGAACCAAUUCCUCCUGAAUCAUAGCAGUUCUUCUGCCAUCCAAACUAUCUUUUGGACAGCCUUUCCUCUGAAAGAUACGGGGUACAGAACUACGAGAGUAAUCGAUAUGUUGACGGGGGACCAUACUCCUCCGGAGCUUCUUACGCACCCCAUCGUAGAAGCCGUAGUCAUCAAGUAUUGGAAAUAUGGGAUGAAAGCUGAAUCCGCGCGGGAUCGCAGCUUGAGUUUGAUAGGACACUUUGAUGCACUUUCGACACCCAGAAUUCUGCAUUUCAUUGAUUUCUUGGGCCGACUGGUCUUUAUGGGUUCACUUAUUCACUACCUGUUGUAUCCACCACACUUCCGCAUAACCCUAGGACAAAGUGAGCAAGGCACUCGAGAGAUUGCUCUUACUUUCAUGUCUGCCGCAUCCCUUGCUCGAUCGUGGUCAAUACAUACUCUACCGGCGAUGUUUGUGUUCCCCGCAUUCGUUAUGACUCUUCCAUCUGUCCCUUUCCCUGGAAGUGCCUCAUUCUCUGUGCUUCACAUUGCCCUCCUACUCCAGCUAUUUCUCCUUCACCUCCCUAACUCUCCCGGCUUACCCUUCGCAAUAAAGCCUGAGAGCACCAUACCCCUCUCUACGUUGCUUUCGCACGGAGCAACUCGCAUCGUCAUACCGGUCACCCUCUUUUUCUUUCCGGUCCUAUUACUCGCGAUAUUCCUUGUAUCCGCUUCGCUCGUCGACACUCCCCUGUCAGUGUUAACAAACUCUCUGGAAGUAGCUCCGAUGGAUAGCCGAUUUUCAUUCUUCAUCCUCUUCAUCACUGUCAUCAUGUUAUUAUUGGGUGGACUUGCCGUGACCUUAGCGAUGUUCCCAACGGCACUAUCAACCGCCUUAACAAGUAAAUGGGAUCGUUACUCACGAGAAAUCGGGUUGCACGCACGCAGGUCAUUCGUGGAAGCCCUUAUCCAGUAUGAACCUUAUUACUUUCCGGUUCCAUUCAACGUGCUCCAACUUGUUGUGCGAGUACCUUGCACAGUGUUCUCUUGGUUUGGGCGUCCAGUGACACCGUGCACCAAGUCAAUAGAGAAGGUAGUAUGGAGAGCCAGUGUAGGAUUAAUUGGAGCUGUGAUUUCCGGCUUCGGCCUUUGGGAAAGUUCAGUCUCGAGAAUCACUCUCAUGUCCAAACGGAAGGCGGAAACCUCCCAACGACUUGCAAAGCGACGGAGGGCAGGAGUCCCCGCCUUUGGUGCAGAAACCCAGGAUGAUGGUCAGGUCAAUCUCGCACCGAGCCUCUCCACAGCAUCUGCCUUUUCCACGCGCUUUGUGCCAUCCACAGGCGCGAUUCCUAACCUUUCCGUAUUAUGCGCGCGCUCCUUCGUCACGAACCUGCGGGCACUACACGACACUCGUGAUGACUGGGAAAGCACGCUCAAGUGGUUAAAGCUUAUGCCCGACAAUCUGGUGCCCGGACUGUUCGCUAUGCUGAGAUCCUUCUGUCCACAACUACUUACCAGCGCAAUGAUAACUUCCUAUUUUCUACGAGGCCCAUCGAUUGUACUGACCAGUGACCUCCCAGGAGUAAACAAGAUCACAAUUUUGGCUACUGCUGCAGUUGGCAAUUCGCUGCAUGAACUACAUCUUACGGGAUUCGUUAAAUUUGCUGAUUCUGUCUUUGCGACUGUCCUGCCAUCCAUGCCGUCCCUCAGAAUCUUGGUUCUUCGUGGUUGCGUCAAAGUGGGGUCCGCCACUGCGGAAGCUGCCGCACGGUCUUGCCCCUUGCUUUUGACUGUGAACUUCAAUUAUACCGCUGUCCCGCCUGUGGCACUCGUCAAACUCCUGAAAACGUGUUCUGAGCUUAAGGUGCUAAAGCUUGCCGGGAUACCGAACUGGACUGAUGCAACCUUUGCCAAAUUAUCUUCUGCCGUAUUCGCAGACAAGAGUUUCAUACUGAGGAAUAUACAAACAUUAAAACUACGUCAGUUGGACCUUUCAGAAAGCUCAAUUAGUCCCUUUUUGGCCCGUUGUCCGAACCUCACUCGGCUGGACCUCUCCUUCACGCAUAUUCACCGACUACUGCCGGCUAUGCUAGUAGAGGCGAGAAUAGAAAAGCUGUCCUUGACAUCUACUGCGAUUUCCAGCGUUGAUGUCGUGGCACUCAUCUCUAGCCUUCCUCGCAUCAAAUCUCUGGCUCUCGGGGCACUUGGAGGUAGGCAAGGGUCGUCAGUAGCUAUUGGAAAUACCUCUGCGAUGACGAUGACGGACCAGACGCUGGAGUCAUUGACAAACGUGUUGAAAGAUUUUGGGCAACUCGAAAAGAUCAGUUUGGUCGGAAAUACAAAAUUAGGGGCUACCUUUCGUCGUAGCGAAGCCCUGGGGUACUUCAUUCGAUGCGUCGGAAGGAAAUGCAAGUACCUCAACAUGUCAGGUGUGCAUCACCUACAGUCGCUUGAUCUUUCUGGGCUCUUGCCGCAAGACGACGAAAACAAACCACCCAGACUCGAACAGCUCAUUCUCAACAACACUGGUGUGAAUGAUGAUGCCACGCCUUAUUUGGCAUGCUGCUCAAAUCUUGUGGUGUUAGAACUAGCGGGUACAAAAAUAAGCAGUGCUGGUCUCUUUUCUGUCAUCGACACCUGCCCUAAAUUACAAAUGUUGAACCUCACAAGUUGUAGGAGCGUAAGUGUGACUGAUAGACGUCGUUUUUUUGAGGCGUGGAAGCACAACUCAGAGGAAACUUGAAAGAGUCGUAUGUUUGGGAGCGGCACCCACAGUGGGAGCCAGGCGAUUUAUUUCCGCGGAACUAUUUAGUUCUGUCGGAUACAAGUCCCCACGAUGUGUGAGAGACUGAGAGCAGAGCGCAUUGUCAUUUACAUUGUUACAUAAUUUGCAUUAAAUCAUCCUUUUUGUCUCCUAUAUUCUUUUGUGUACGCGUUGUUUGGUUAGCUCUACUUG